UCAAGUGAACAAUGCUGCCGACCUGGUUAACUGUGGAGUAUCUGGAGCCCAAGCUGAGGGCUUACUGCAAGGAUGAUCAGUUGAAGGUCCUCAAGAUCUGGGCCAAGCCAGCGACUGGUAAGGGCCAGAACUAUGUUGGCAUUAUGACCCGCAUCUACGUGGACUAUCAGCAGGGAGAUGGAAUUGUUCAGAAGAAGACCUAUAUAGUCAAGCAAGCCUGUUCCCCGGAUGUUCCUCAGGCAGCCGUGUUCUUCGAGUACGAUGUGUACAACCGUGAGAUGGACAUGUAUGAAUUCCUCCUCCCGAAGAUGAAGGAGCUGCUCCAGGAAGCUGGCAUUAGUGGAAAGCUUACGGCAGAUGCCAUUGCUGUGGAUCGGGAAUAUAGCACCAUGAUACUGGAAGAUCUGGCGGAGUACAAAUACAUUAACGCAGAUCGAGUGAAGCAACUGGAACUGGCUCAUACCAAGUUGACUUUGGACUUGCUGGCCAAGUUCCAUGCCGCAUCCAUAAUCCUCAAACAGCGCCAUCCGGAACUCCUUACCCAGUGUUUCUUUACUCACUUCUUUUCGCGUGGAAAAAGGGGUUACACUGAAGUUUUCACCGGCUUGUUUAGGGCUUUCUUAAGUUUUAUAAAUGGUCAACCAGAAUUGAAGAAAAGCUAUGGCCAGAAAUUGGAGAAAUUACACAGCCAAAUAAUGGAAAUUGGAGCCAAGAUAUUUGAGGUGGGUGAACAGGACCUGCAGACACUGAACCACGGUGAUUGCUGGACCACCAAUAUAAUGUUCCAGUACGAUGAUGCGGGUAAGCCCGAGACAGCCGUGGCUAUAGAUUUUCAGUUUAGCAACUACACCUCCCCUGCCAUCGAUUUGCAUUACUUCUUCACCACCUCACUGAGGGAAGAAGUUCAGGAUUUGGAAUCGCAACUCAUUGUGGAUUAUUACAAUGCCCUUAAAGCAAGCCUGGAAAAACUUUCUUAUAAAGGAAUCUUUCCCAGCUUUAAGGAGUUCCAACAGCAGUUCGAUAGUCGUCGAUUUAUGAGUCUGUUGUCACACCUCUUUAAACCUGUUAUCAUUUACAAUGGCAGUGAAGUGACUUCUGACUUUUCAAGUCUGUAUAAAGAUACCGAAGAGGGACUUCGGUUCCAGAAAGCAAUACAUGACAGUGAACUGGUGAUCAGAAGUACAACCAGAUUGUUGGCAAUACUUGAAGAUAAGGGUGUCUUGGAUCUCUAGUUAAAAUAUAAAAACUACCUUACCUAUAACCAUAUUUUGUGGCAAAUAAUGCAGAAAGCACUUUCAUCUUUUCGCAUAAUUUAUUCUCGUUACUCCCCUUCGCUUUCAUAAAAUAAAUC